UGCUGAUUAUUAUUUAGUGGGUUUUCCUAAAAUAUCAAUCACGCUCUGGGCGGUUCUUCACUCGGACAGUCACACUCUUCUUAUCGGCGGCGACUGGAGAGCCAAAAUCGAAUCCUAGAAGAAUGCAGAUGCAGUACAAGAAUCUGGGCAGAUCCGGGCUGAAAGUUUCCCAGCUCUCUUUUGGCGCCUGGGUUACUUUCGGCAACCAGCUGGACGUGAAGGAGGCGAAGUCCAUCCUGCAGUGCUGCCGCGACCACGGCGUGAAUUUCUUCGACAACGCCGAGGUGUACGCCAAUGGCCGCGCCGAGGAGAUCAUGGGCCAGGCCAUCCGGGAGCUGGGGUGGAAGCGCUCCGACAUCGUCGUCUCCACCAAGAUCUUCUGGGGCGGCCCCGGACCCAAUGACAAGGGCUUGUCCCGGAAACACAUCGUGGAGGGCACCAAGGCCUCCCUCAAGAGGCUCGAUAUGGAUUAUGUGGACUUGAUCUACUGCCACCGCCCCGAUACCAGUACCCCCAUUGAGGAGACGGUUAGGGCUAUGAACUAUGUGAUCGAUAAGGGUUGGGCUUUUUACUGGGGAACUAGCGAGUGGUCGGCGCAGCAGAUCACUGAGGCUUGGAGUGUGGCUCAGCGAUUGGAUCUCGUUGGACCCAUUGUUGAACAGCCCGAGUAUAAUCUCCUCUCUCGCCAUAAGGUUGAAGCUGAGUACCUCCCUCUGUAUAGUAAUUACGGUAUUGGUCUCACUACAUGGAGUCCACUUGCUUCUGGAGUGCUGACCGGAAAGUAUACCUCUGGAAACAUUCCACCUGAUAGUAGGUUUGCUCUGGAAAAUUACAAGAAUCUUGCUAGUAGGUCAUUGGUGGAUGACGUGUUGAAGAAAGUGAACGGAUUGAAACCAAUUGCUGAUGAGUUGGGUGUGACUUUGGCACAACUCGCAAUUGCGUGGUGUGCUACGAAUCCCAAUGUUUCAUCUGUUAUUACUGGCGCCACCAAAGAGUCUCAGAUUAAAGAGAACAUGAAAGCUAUUGAAGCCAUUCCCAAGCUAGCACCCGUGAUGGAUAAAAUUGAAGCUGCAGUUCAAACGAAACCAAAGCGCCCAGAUUCUUAUCGCUAGGUGCGCUGCUACAUACACGAAGUCCUUAGUUCUAAUAUACAUCGCUACACAGCCAUUGAUUUUCAUUCCUGGCUUUCUUUGUACCUUUUGGUUUAUUUCUGCAACAGAACUUUGUCGAGAACAGCAUGCUAUGCUGCUUUUGGUAUUUUCAUUUCAGUGGGUGCAAUUGUGUUUGAUGGUGGACAUAUUUGUUGAAAACUGCAUAAAGUUGGGUUGUACAUUGUUGGUUUAAUGGCUUCUGGUUUAUAUUACUCCAUAUUGUUUUUAAUCUAGUUUGUAUUUGUCUCCAUGUACUACUGGAAAACAAACAAUUUGGCAGUUGCCUGGAUCUUGGAAAUGGUUGUUUCCCAGAAGCUUAAAACUA